GUCGUUGUGCGCGCAGCGUUUGGCUGCUGUUGCGGCUUCUGGGAGCGAAGUGGCAGGUAUCUCUAAAUACCGAAGAUCCAGCGGCUUGGAUGCGACUUUAGCAGCAGAAUAACCAACAAUAAACACCGAAUAGAUGUGAAGAUUUCCGCCUUUUUUUUGACUUUUUGCUUUUUGGCCGGCUGUUUUAAAUGAAAGCUUAGAUUGGGAACAAAAGGAGAGACUUAAAAGUAGAGAUUUGGGCUGAAGUAAAGAUGUUUUUUUACGCGAUGGAGCUUGGAUUGAGGAACGUUGAGCCUUAGAGAAGUCACUGAAGUUGAAGACGGGCUCCUGGUCGCUGGGAUGUUGUGAACGACCCGUCAUUUGGGACAGAAGGAGGCAAAAAAAAAAAGAAAAAAAGCGGAGGAAGAGGCAGGGUUGGACCAGCACGCACGGGGAUUAUGGCUCUCGUAACGUUUUCUCUCAGCCUCAUCACCCUGGCGCUUACAAACUUGCACCUUUCCAGAGCCAGCAGCCGUCAUGCGGUGUAUUGGAACAGCUCGAACCUGCAGCUGCGGAGAGAGGGAUACACUGUGCAGGUCAGCGUCAACGACUACCUGGACAUCUACUGCCCGCAUUACAACACCAGCCAGCAUGGGACUCUGGAGCGGGUGGUAGCAGAGCAGUACAUCCUCUACAUGGUAAACUACCGAGGAUACUACACCUGCAACCCCCAGAUGGGAGUAAAACGCUGGGAGUGCAACCGGCCCCACGCGCCCCACACACCCAUCAAGUUCUCUGAGAAGUUCCAGCGGUACAGCGCCUUCUCGCUGGGCUACGAGUUCACCGUGGGCCAGGAGUACUACUACAUCUCCACACCCAUCCACCACCAUGGCCACAGCUGCCUGAGACUGAGGGUCUUCGUCUGCUGCUCCACUGCCUCCCAGGCAGAUGAUGACUCCAGUCAAACUCCCGACUACACAGUCAGACCGAACAUCAAAAUACACAACAUUGAUGAAUUCAACCCUGAAGUCCCCAAGCUGGAGAAGAGCGUGAGUGGCAGCAGCCCGUCUCGUGACCGCCUUCUCCUCACCGUGGGGACCAUGAUCGUGUCGGCCAUCCUGUUGUCCUAGCGACCGUACUCAGGAGCUUGUUGGACCACCUUGUCCAUAGGGCUUUGUAUCCCUUAAAGUUUUUUUUCGAGAAGAUGUGAAAGCUAAAUUAAACAAAUGAAGAAUAUGUACAACGGAUCCAAUUUAAAGACAAAGCAAAAAGAAGUGAGGCCUUUUUUUUGCUGUCGUAUUUACACCUUUCAUGUGGGAGUGGUGACCACCUGGAGAUUAGAACCACUACUCAGAAUCCAGAUUUUUGUGCUGCUCUCAUUGGACACAGAUGAGAGUUGUUUUGUAGCAUGGAAGAGAAAACAGAACAGAAAAUUUGAAGCUUCUCCCUAAUUGGAUGAUGAAAGCAAGGUUUUUGUGUUAGCUUUGAAGAAGAUGGCAACUUUAAACUCUGCAGUGGAUUUUUUUAAGGCUUCGCCGCAUCAAUCGAACUUUGAUGUAGUAAAAAAAAAAAAAAAAGACAAGAUGGACUAGAAACUGUAACAAGGCCUUUAUAUGAUUAGUGAGUAAUCAAAACGACUGUCAUUGUCCUGGACAUUGUAGAAUGUUUUCAUACUGGUGUGUGGUAGCUGCUGGUGAUAAAAGCCCGGAGGAAAGGGGGAGACUUUAUAAGAAUAUCCACGGGCUUUUCAGUAAUCAAUUUUCUUCAGACAUCAAAAAAGCUCUGGCUUUGUGAUAGGCACAGAUACAAAGCCUGCUUUUCUUCGAAGGGAGCCGAGUGCCCCUCAGAACUAGUCUUUUGUCUGCAUUUCCUGCCUUCGCACUGUAACAACCCGAGAAAAAUACAGACCCUGGACUAGUAAUUUGAUGGCACUUAGAUUUAGUAGAUGUGGCACAGACGUGUGUUUUGUUCCGCUGCAUUUACCUCCAGCAAUCGACUAAGAAAAGUUCCAGAUGUCAAAUCUUUACAAAAGGGAAAAAAAAAGAAAAAGGUCUCCUCACAGCAAUCAGCACGGUUGUUCAGAAACCCCCCUAAUUCGCAAUUGUUCAGAAACUGUCAGCAGCAACUUGCCCUCUUUUCACUCCCAGAUUACCUGUUUUUUUCCCCUCAUUUCCACUUCAGGGGCUCCCGGCCAAUCAGGGCUGAUAGCCAUUGAACCAGUCCCAGUUACCAAGGAGACAGCCUCAUGCAGUCACCAAAGUUUGGCACGUCCCUGAGGAAAAAUUAUGCUUAGAGUAUAAAUCUGUAGUCAUAGAACAAUAGACCCAGUAUGAGCAUACAGAUUGUUCACCAUGUUGUGAGAGGCAUUUUUGGAAGAACAAAAAUUAAAUAAGAAAGUUCUGUUUCAAGAUUUUAAGGUAAAGCUGUGUGGAACAUGGCCUGCUAUUGCUAGGCAUUAACAUAAGGUUACAACAGGUAGAAAAUCAAUUGAGUGCAAGUCCAGAACUUUUAAAAACUUCAAUUGAAAAAAAGCAAGGUGAAAUAUAAUCCAAACCUAAUUACUGUGAAGACCCAAAUGAAUCACACCCCAGGGAGAUUUAGAGGAAGUCUUUAUUUCUAACACUUUUGACUAAUGAUAAAAUUAUGAUGGAGAAGCCAAUUCAGUUUCCUAACUUGAAUCUCAGUCUAUGAAGGGAAGCUAGAGUGUGAUAAUAUCCCAAGCUGAAUCACAUGGUUUCCAUCAAUAAAAAUAGUUAUUCAACUGAUGAAACCGUUUCAAAAGCUGGUAAAACUUGAACUGACCCUUUUAUUCAUUAUUUAGUUAUUAUUGAUACUGCUGCUACUAAUAAUAAUGAUAAUGGUGAUUUAAUACCCUUCAAAAUGAUUAACAGGUUUGUAAUAAGAUACUAGGCACAGCAAUCAAACCCUUGUAAAUGUUGAUGCCCUUUCUUCUGGUUUCCAUAGGUGUUUCGCUUUGGUUAAAAGUUCCAAGUCUUUUAGGUCGGAAGGGCUCCUUCCACUCCCCCCUAAUCUCUAGCUCCCUAUACUGACUCUUUAUCAGAUUCCAGUCUUUAACUUAAUAUUUCAAGUAACAAUUCCAAGCUUAUACAGUAAAAAAUUUGAUUUUAGAAAUACGAAAUAUUCACAAUAUUUCUUAUUUCUAAAGAUGUGCUGAUGUAUCAUCUCCGAGGGGCAACCUAGCCUACUCCUCUGUGUCUAAAAUUAACAAUGACACCAUUAAAAAGAACAAAAGAUAAAUAAAAUGUGUGAAUGUGAAACUUAUAAGAAGUUCUUUUAUACUGCAUAGGAAAACCUUAAUCCAAUGAAAACGUUGUGCUUUUUUUUAUUUAUUUACUUUUCAAAUGCUUUUAUUUUGACUUUAAAUUGUAUUUAUCUACAUAAUUUAUUAAUGUGCAUUCUUAGGCCUUUGCUCAAUAAGCUACAGUGCCAUUUUUUAUCUUUUUUGUUUUAAAAAUGUUGAAUUUGUACUGCGGUAUUUUGCCUGUUUAGACAAAUAGAUGUAAUUUAGCCAGUCACGAACAGAAAGCUAUCGGCUAUUAAGUCAGUGCAUACACUCAAUAAGCCCAGCCUCAUGUAAAAAGAAGCAACUAAUGAUGUUGCUGAGCAGCAUGUCAUAAACCAACUGGGGAUGCACAGAAAGAGCUUGUGUCGUUGGAUCCUGCAUUAUAGUGUACAUUUGAAAAUACAUGCAGGGUACUUGAAUGUGUAUGAGUGUUUAAAUGCGGGAGCGUUUUGUUCUGCUUUUUUUUUU